AGACACCCCCUCUCUAUGCAACAAACACUAUUCAUUCCCAUAAAGAUAGCCCAAUUUAAUCCAUCGUCUAUUUCAUUCGUCAUGACACAUCCUGUUAUGUUGCUUGGAAUCCUGAUAGUAUCAUACUUUAGUGGUUCUCAAGCUGAAACUGCCUUUUCACAGUACUGGGAAGAGCAUAUUGGUCUACCACUCCCUCCACAUUGGUUAGCAGCAAAGGCUUCACCAUUAAGCCUCCAUCAAAUAUCACUGUUUAUGAAAUUUAUAGAGGAAAACGUAUUGGCUUCCCACUUGCAUUUAUUCUGUAAGGAGGCUAAUGUUGCUUGUUCGACAAAUAUGUUGAUGAAGAAGCCAAUAGAUGACACAAUCCUACCUCCAAUAGCCCAGUGGAGUGCUGAUAGAAUUGUUUAUGAACAUACUCCAACUGACAAACCCCUAUCAGUUGCCAGCCAAGGGGGGUUGCCAUUUUUCCGGGAGGCAAUGGUGAAAGAGGGAGGUUUCAUGGCCAUUCCUGAUUUAAGAGACCCAAUGUCAUAUAAAUCAUUCUUACCGCGACCUCUGGCAUCAAAAAUCCCAUUUUCCUUUGCCCGGAUCAAUGAAUUAAAGAAGAUUUUUGGUGUGGUUAAUGGAUCAAACAUGGAUGAAUAUAUGCAAGGUACUCUUGAGACAUGCGAAAAGAGUCCUAUUAGAGGUGAGCAAAGCACCUGUGUGACUUCCAUCGAGGAUCUCAUCGAUUUUGUUGUGAAGACAUUAGGGCACCAUCUACAUAUAUGGAGUCCUGGCAGCAUUGAAGGAUCUUAUGAGAAUGUCACAAUUGGAGCUGUGAAAGUCAUUUAUGGAAACGUCUCAGAACCACCAGUCUUGUGUCAUAGUCAGCCAUUCCCAUUUCAAGUCUACUUUUGCCAUGUUUUACAAAAAGUAAAAGUAUAUGUAGUUGAUAUAUAUGCUCGGAAGAAAGUGAAUCAUGCGAUUAUGACAUGCCACUAUGAUACAUCAACUUGGAAUCCAAACCAUCAUGCUUUUAAGUGGUUGGGUUUUGGCCCUGGCCUAAUUGAAGUAUGUCAUUGGAUAAAUGAGAAUGCAAUGGUCUGGACAAAGACUUAAGGUUGAACAACAUUUGAAGAUAUGAUUAUCUUUCAGUUCAUUUGUUUUUGUCGCAUGUGACUGCUUAUGCUAUGAAUUUGAAGAAUAAAUAAUAAUAUAUUUGUCUUUCUUAUUA